CGUCUCAGGAAGGCGUGGCCAGCGUUGAGUCACGUGCAACCGCCGCUGAAUCGGGCAACUCAACGUACUGAGCGGAUUGGAACCGAAUCUUCGGACAAACCCGCCGCGUUCACCGAACCGCCGUCAUCAUCUGUCUCGUGACACACAUCUCAUCAUGUCGGCGGUGCAGCGUAUGAAAGUCGCGAACGAAAAACACAGUAAGACGAUCACACAGAGGGGACACGUCCAGAAAACCACGCGGGUGGUGAAUGAAGACAAAUCUCCUGUGGGUCCGUGGCUGCUUGCGCUCUUUGUGUUCGUGGUGUGUGGUUCAGCGAUCUUUCAGAUAAUCCAGAGUAUCAGACAGGGCAUGUAAGCGCUGACAUCACCUGCAGACAUGUGAAGAUCCUCUGAACAUCACGGCCGCUUUCUCAAUCUUCUACACUGAAAUGUUUUCUUCUGCGCUCAUGAUUUCCGUUUGUGAGUGCAUUUGUGUUUGAGUGUGUGAGUGCAUUUGUGUCAUGAUUCAUGUUGUAAUGUGUGUGUGUGUGUGUGACUGAAUGAAACAUCUGUUCAUAACUGCUGUCAGCCUGAUAUUUUACAUGAAUCUCCUGUUUUAAUUCUACUGAUGCGUUUUAUUUUGAACGAAGAUUUUGUAUAAAAUCACAGAAAUGGUCAUGUGUACAUUCAGACAUUAAAAGCCAUACGGUUUCUUCCUCGCUGUUACAGGACAUUGAUGCUGUGUAAUGAUGAUUUUAUACAAAUAAAAGGUAUUUUCUCUA